AUGGAAUAUUCAUCUCCAAACACGUCCGGUACAGCUUCAGAUCCAGAGAAUAUUGAUUCAUGGAAAGGCGGUGUUCCAGGAUGUGCUCGAUGUGGUAACAUUAUAUACGACAAAUCUUUAUUACGUAUCCAUGACAAAGUUUGGCACCCGUCAUGUCUACAAUGUUCUAUGUGUGACAAACCACUAGGAAACAUUUGCUAUGGCAACGGUAGUAAUUUGUUGUGUUAUGAAGAUUAUGUAAGAUCACAGCCGUUCCGGUGUUCUAGCUGUAAAGUGGUUCUGUCCGAUAACGAGUAUGUACAGAGAGUUCAGAAAAACGUCUAUCAUCAGACGUGUUUCAAGUGUACCGUCUGCUAUCGUCCAUUACAGACGGGAGAACAAUUUUACCUUUCAGACGACAACAAACUGGUAUGUGGUGAUGAUUACCGAACCUUGCGGAUGAACGAUUCGCAAGACGAUAGUGAUUCAGAAUGUUCUACCGGAAGUGGUAAACGACACAGAACCAGCAUAAGUCCUCAACAGUUACAAUGCUUGACAAAAGCUUACAACAAAAAUCCAAAACCAUCCCGUGAAGCGCGAAGACGAUUGAGCAGAGAUUUGCGUCUAGACUAUAGAGUAAUACAAGUGUGGUUCCAAAAUAAAAGAGCAAAGGACAAAAAGUCAUCACCUCAUAUUCAUGCAAUAGAAACAAGUUACGAGGAACCAGAAGUCCAAAACAGAAGAUUUUCACAAGAUAUUUCUAGAAUCCCAUCGCAGCCAGUUUUUCACGAACGUUUGUAUAACCAAUCUACAAGACAAAUGAAUAGCAAUGAUUGGCUAACGACAGUUCUGGCACAUGAUAGUGUCCCUCCAAAUAUCGACCUGUCUCCCGUGGAUAUUAUAAAUGGCGAGAUUUUACACAAACGUAGAACUGAGGCCGACAUAGACAAUAGCCAUUCGUCUGACCCCAGGUCUAGAAUCAGCUGCAAAUGGCAAAACAUUGGUUAAUAGC